AUGCAUCCCAUUAUAACCACCGCCUGGAUCGACCGAAUACGACUGCUGUUUCAAGCCAUUGAGCUGGUUCUCGUUCUCCACUAUGCGACCAACACAACAGACCCUGUUUUGGCUCGGCUUCUCGAUACCGCGUCGCUGUAUGCGAAUCUUCGUAUCAACUUUGCCCAUUUCGAAGUUAUUUUGUAUUUAGUUCCGGGGUUUUAUUUCGUAUAUCCCGACUACCAGCAGGUGGAUGCCGUGCAUCUCUACCGGAUUUCACCUCCAAAACGCAUCCAGGUGCUCGAAUUUACCAAAUCCAUCGAAACUCGGCGCACUCAGUUUAACCAUGCGAUUGAAAAAUGGCUAGCUGAAAAUCAAAAUCUAGGCUAUAUUCCCGCCGUAGAAAUACGAGACGUUGCUAUGAAGAACUAUACAAAGCCAUUGGCCAACUCUCCCACGAAAAAAAUGUCUCCAAGUCCCACCAAAGUCACCAAGCUCAAAAACGAUGUUUCUAGAUUCCGGUUUAAAGAACGUCUGGAACAAGAAGAACUGACCAAAACAGGUAUGUCGUUGCUUGAACGUAUUAGGCUGAAGGAGAAACUUCGAAAUAGUGAAAAUUCCGCGACUCCACAGCAAAAAUACGAUACUUAUAUCGCUGGAAAAUUGCACCCAGUUUACGAUAUUUUGUACCAAGUUUGCAGUAGAGAACCAUUACCAAAACUGCUUCUGAUGACAAAGUUGAUAGGAACCGUCCGUGAUAGCUUUUCGUAUCCAAUUGCAAUUCUGGAAGUUAAAGAUACAUUGCACAAACUUGAUGAGAUAUUACCGUCUUUGUCAAUCAUCACCAAAGCAGGCACUACAGUGGUGAGAGUUGAAAGCUUCGACAGAAGCAGGGACUUGGAAAGGAUAAUGAGAGUGGAAAAGGAAAGGGACUAA